AUCCCUAACGAAUAAAAAGUUGACAGACUAAUAUUAAUUCUUUUUAAACGGAGACGUCAUAAUCUGUGUAUAUUUAUGUUGUGCUUUGUAUUUUGUGUUUUCUUUUUUCUGAAAAGUUUCUGUUAGAAUUCCUUCAUUGUUCGAUAUUGAAAAUGUCAACAUCACCGAGAAGAAAUGCUAUUCAACGGAAUAAUUCAAAAUCCUGCCCCGAACCUGACUCAAGUGAUUAUGUUGAAGAGAAAAACAGAAAUAAUGUGGGAAAUCUCAAAUUAAAAGAACAAAACACUAGUAACAGUAAUGAAAAGGUAUCAUGCAGAGCAACAUAUAGAACAAAUCGUAUCGAUCAACAUGAAAUCUCAAGAUCUGAAGAUGAAGAUUCUGAUUCUGAGGGAACACCAAACUCAACAUUAAAUGAGUCAUCCAAAUUCCCAGGUGUUCUCAUAAUGAUUCUCAUUAUAAUUAUUAGUCUAAUUAUAUAUGAUUAUGUUUACAACCAAUCAAAUAGAAAACCAAUAGAAAACCAAGAAACAAUAAAAAAACAAGAGAUUAGUUUAAAAACUAUUAAAAAGAAUUUUCCUAGUCAAGAAGACAAAUUGUGGAAAUCUAUUCAUUCUGGAAUAAAUCAAACAAUUGUUAAUGAAACGCCUACAUCUUACAUAUUUUUAUUUGAAAGCGAAGCUGAAGAAACAAUGAAAAAACUACUUUCUGAGAUUUCAAAAUAUGCAGUUUGUAAAUUGGUGAACUGUGAGUCUUCAGCUAUCGAUUUCAAAAAAGAGAUAACUUCAAACUUUUCAAAUAUAAACGAUUAUGGAGAGGUAAUUUCUAGUUUUAAAGGCAAGUUAGAGAACAAUGGACUGAUGAUUGUUGGGAAUUUGGAUGAAAUACCAGAAAAAUUUGCACUAGCUUUUCAUAAUUUCUGUGAUGAGGUAACUCCUUUAGUGAAGAAAUCUGCUUUCUUCUUCACUAUGAAAGUGACCAAGUUAGAUGAUCCCGAUAGAAACCACUUAAGAUAUAUAGAAGGUGUUCUUAAAGAAAAAUGGCAAAACUUAGAGACAGAUAAGUUUGUUCCAAUAUUUACUAGAAUUACUGGUGAGCUUUUAAAGGUAUAUCCGGAAAGUCAGACCAGAUUUGUUGAGACAAAUAGGAAUCCUUAUCAAGAUUCAAAUCUAGAAUCGACGUAAUUCAGGCUUUAGUAAGGUUUCGUAAAGAGAAAGAAUCAUUAUGCAGUAAUGUUCAUAUCUAUUUUAUUAUAUAUUUUACUAAAUGAUGUAUAUUACUAUUGAUUAUAAUAAAUUAAAUGUUCUAUAAA